AAUACUUUUUCAUACACUUCCGGUGUUGCCGAUUCAGGGUUUGGAAAAAAUGGCUUUUACGUUUGCUGCAUUUUGCUAUAUAUUAGCUCUUAUUCUAACAGCAGUGUUGAUCUUUUUUGCAAUUUUCCACAUCAUUGCCUUUGAUGAACUUAAAACAGACUACAAAAAUCCAAUAGAUCAAUGUGGCAGUUUAAACCCUCUUGUGUUGCCUGAGUAUUUCAUCCACAUACUUUUCACAUUCCUCUUCAUCACAGCCAUGGAAUGGUUUACUGUUAUCAUCAAUAUUCCUCUUAUCAUCUACCAUAUAAGAAGGUAUAUAAACCGGCCAGUUAUGAGUGGGCCAGGUUUAUAUGAUCCUACUACUAUUAUGAAUGCUGAUGAACUGAAUAGAGCCCAGAAGGAAGGCUGGAUCAAGCUAGCAUUCUAUCUCAUCUCAUUUUUCUAUUACUUGUACAGUAUGAUCUACACCCUUGUGUCUGGUUAGAGAGGAGCUGAAAAAUUAGGAGAUUUUUACUUAAGAGUUUUGCGUGUGUGCAUUGAGAACAAGACAAACAGUGAUAUGAUCCAGAGAAGAGGAAACAUAUUCUGCCAUACUUUUAACCUUUAAAUCAAAUUCAUCACCCAAAGAUGUUUUGUUUUUCUAAAUUGAUGUUUCUUGGUGCAAUAUUGUCUUGUAUUUGUCACGGUUUGUGUAACAGUAUUUUUUAAACCUUUAUAUAAUUUUAUGUAGUGUGUAUUGUCUCCCAUUUAAGUAAAGUAGGUUAUUUAAAAAUACCAAUGUAGUGAAUGUACCAAGGUACAAUAAAAGUAUCUCAUCAAUGAAGGCUGGUUCAUUAUAAAGUGGCAUAAACUUACUUGUGUGCCAAUUAUAAUAUGCUUCUAUAAUAGUCAAAGAAGUAUUAUUUUAAAAUGACUGUAUUCCAAAACAAAAAAAAAUGACAUUUGCAUUUUUUUCUUACUUUAAAUAUUAAGAGAUAAGAGUUUGAUUAGUUACUUCUAGAUGAAAAGCAAUGUAUAAAUUUCCUUUUAAAAAAUAUGGCUUAACAAAAGAAUUGUUUAUAUGUGUAAAAGAGUCAUACACAAGUCAUGAAUGAUGUUAUAUCAAAACAAACUACAAAAGUGUGUAGGAUGUCCUGUAUUAGAGGAAAUUCUCCAUCUUGUCAAUAUUGGCAUUUUAUCAUGUGAAUUGAAUUAAAAAAAGUCAUCGUCUUUAUAGUUUUCACGGCUUAUAUUUUACUUGUGUCAUUAGAUGUAUUUUUCUCUUCAGUGUUUACUUAAAUCAGGAACAAAUAAUUUAUGUUUUAUAGAAGUGUAUAAAACAUUUACAUCACUUUUUUCAAUGCUUUUUUAUGCUCUAUGUUGCAUUUGAACAAUUUUAAAUAAAAUAAAUGUGAUUUU